AUGUCGAAAACCGACCUUCCGGACGCGAAGGCGAUGCUGGAUAGCAGAGGCCUCUACGAUGGCCCCACAAUACACUCAAUGAAUCCAUUAUUACUCAUGGAAAAGAUCAUAAGAGAACGUAUAAUCGACUCAAUGUACUGGAAAGAACAAGCAUGGGGUCUAAACGCUGCGACACUAUUAGACAGAGCGGUAGAGCUACAGUUCAUCGGUGGACAAUAUGCGAACCAGAAACCGACGCCGUUUAUAUGUCUUAUUCUUAAAAUGCUACAGUUAAACCCCGAAAGGGAGAUACUGUUAGAAUACGUACAAGAUGAAGAUUUUAAAUACCUCCGUGUCCUUGCGGCAUUCUAUAUCCGCCUAGCCUGGCCUGCAGCCGAAAUUUACAAAACACUCGAGCCGCUGAUGGCAGAUUACCGCAAGAUCAGAUUACGCACACAGUCGGGUUAUAAACUGACAUUCGUGGACGAAUUCAUAGACGAGUUGUUAACUAAAGAGCGGGUCUGUGAUAUCGCAUUGCCUAGGAUGCCGACUAGAGCACAGUUGGAGGACAUGGAUGAACUAGAACCGAGAGAACCGUUAGUUAGUGAUGUUGAUAGUGACGAGGAGGGAGAAGAAGGAGAGAUGAUGGAGGAAUGA